GCUCUCCCUAGUGAUGCGCUGUGAGUGCUUUCCAUCUAUUCAUCGGCUAUUGACAACCUCUCCCUUCUCGGCGUGUGACUGAAGCUCUCUCUAGCGCUGCUAGUGGACAAUCAGACCCACACACCCACCUUCAGCAACACUCGCCUUUGCACAUUUCUUACUUCUACUCUAAAAUACAUAGGUAGCCGAAGUCUUCUAGCUCAGAAUUUGAUAGGGACCCGUCGUGAAAUAGUAGCAAUAGCUCCAUAACACAUCAGAGACACAACAUGGAGUCCCCUCCAGAUCCAGCGAGCGACCCGGGCAACAGCGCCUCGGAGCCGGCUACCCCGGUCAGAGAAACCCCGGUAAACCUGGAGACUCUCCGGAAAGCUGACCAUCAAGCCCCGGUUCGGAGGCAGAGCUGUUCCAGCACCAACAGAGGCAUUUCAGUAACAAAGAAGACCCAUACUUCUCAAAUUGAAAUUAUUCCUUGCAAGAUCUGUGGAGACAAAUCAUCAGGCAUCCAUUAUGGGGUGAUAACAUGUGAGGGCUGCAAGGGUUUCUUCAGGAGGAGUCAACAGAGCAAUGCGGCGUACUCGUGUCCCCGUCAGAAGAACUGCCUGAUUGACCGUACCAGUCGUAACCGCUGCCAGCACUGCAGGCUACAGAAGUGCCUGGCAGUGGGCAUGUCACGGGACGCGGUGAAGUUCGGCCGCAUGUCCAAGAAGCAGCGCGACAGCCUGUACGCCGAGGUGCAGAAGCACCGGCUGCAGCAGGCGCAGCGCGAGCACCAGCAGCAGCCCGGCGAGGCCGAGCCGCUCACGCCCACCUACGGCGGCCUGGCGGCCAACGGCCUCACCGAGCUCCACGACGACCUCGGCAGCUACAUGGACGGCCACACCCCGGACGGUGCCAAGCCCGAUUCGGCCGUCAGCAGCUUCUACCUGGACAUCCAGCCCUCGCCCGACCAGUCCGGCUUGGACAUCAACGGCAUCAAGCCCGAGCCCAUCUGCGACUUCACGCCCGGCUCAGGCUUCUUCCCCUACUGCUCCUUUACCAACGGCGAGAGUUCGCCCACCGUCUCCAUGGCUGAGCUAGAACACCUGGCCCAGAACAUCUCCAAGUCCCACAUGGAGACGUGUCAGUACCUGAGAGAGGAACUCCAGCAGAUGACCUGGCAGACCUUCCUGCAGGAGGAGAUGGAGAGCUACCAGAACAAGCCCCGAGAAGUCAUGUGGCAGCUGUGCGCCAUCAAGAUCACGGAGGCCAUCCAGUACGUGGUGGAGUUCGCCAAGCGCAUCGACGGCUUCAUGGAGCUGUGUCAGAACGACCAGAUCGUGCUUCUCAAAGCAGGCUCUCUGGAGGUUGUGUUUGUCCGAAUGUGCCGUGCCUUUGACUCUCAGAACAACACAGUCUAUUUCGAUGGAAAGUAUGCUGGCCCGGAUGUGUUCAAGUCAUUAGGCUGUGACGAUUUGAUCAGCUCUGUCUUUGAGUUUGGGAAAAACUUGUGUUCUAUGCACCUGUCUGAGGACGAGAUCGCCCUGUUCUCUGCAUUUGUGUUGAUGUCAGCAGACCGGUCUUGGCUUCAGGAGAAGAUGAAGGUGGAGAAACUGCAACAGAAGAUCCAGCUGGCCCUGCAACACGUCCUGCAGAAGAACCACAGAGAGGAUGGCAUCCUGACUAAGUUGAUAUGCAAAGUGUCGACGCUGCGAGCGCUGUGCAGCAGGCAUACAGAGAAGCUGACGGCUUUCAAAGCAAUAUACCCAGACAUUGUGCGCGCCCACUUCCCCCCCUUAUACAAGGAGCUGUUCGGGUCGGACUUUGAGCAGGCCAUGCCCGUGGACGGGUAGCUGGCAGGAGGCUACCCGCUGCCUGCCGACCCGUCUGUUGGAGGCUCGCCGCCUGGCUGGGGGAAUGUCGCGCAUGAAUCUGAGACACUUUAAACGGUGCCCUGCACUCACCAAGAUGGCCGACAACACACACAUAUACACACAAAAAAACACAUAAUGCACACAGAAGUUUUUUCCUUUGUUUGUUUGUUCCUUUUUAUUCUGGUUUAUCUUUCCCUGGAAGUGGUGGAUUGUGGGAAGAGGAGGGGAUGCAAUGUGAUUGGUUGGGAGAAGAGAGAGGGGUUUCUGACUGGGCAGAUUUUUUUUGGAGGGGGGCGGGGGUAGUAUCUGGAUUUGUGCCCUCUGAAGUUUUGUUUUUGUUUGAUUCAUUUUGUUUUGUUUUCUUUGUUUGACACGGGUGGGAUUAUGAACCCAAGGGAGGUGGAGAGGAGAUAAGAACACAAUGCUUUCUCUAUGGCUGAACUCGGAGUAUUCAUGCAUAUAACCUUGGUGUGGUCUCAUGGGGGUUCACAACGACUGGCAGAAAUUACGGGUUUCACAGAUGAGACCCAAACAUUUUUUUUUCCUAGUGUCGCUUUCAUUAAAUCUGGCAUUUGAAAAGGUAUUCCUAACAGUCUUUCGGCUGCCCAUAUAUACAGUAUAAGUAGAUUUUGUGUGCUCACAAAUUGAUUGUUUCCUAUAUGCACGACUCCAUCGAGUUCAGCAAUUUGUUUUCUUCUUAUGUUCAGUGUUUGUUUUGGAAUGUGACUCCCAGAUAACAAACUGACAGUAAAUUUAAUGAGAGAGAGAGAGAGAGAGAGAGGGAGAGAGCGAGCAGAAGAAAAAGAGAGAAACAAAGAAGAAGAGGGUAAGAGAGGGGAAGUAAAUGAGAGAAAGAGAGAGUGAGAGAGAGACCACCAGAGUGUGGAGUGGAAAUGUCGGCAUGGUGACGUAAAUGGCACCUUUUUAUGGACAAUCGUCAAAAUCAAGAAAAAAAAAAAAAGUAGAAUUCUGGUAAUUCUAGUUUUAAAAGAAAAAAAAUGCAAUGACUUUAGCUGUCAACAUGACUCCAUUCACCAUGGUUGCAUAGAUGAUAUCAUGUAAGGCCAUCUGCUAUUAAACCUUCUCUGGACAGGAGCCUCACCAGUGAUACUGAGGGCGCCAUCAAUGACAAGGGUCCAUUCCACCAGUUUUCUAACGUGCUACAGGGUAUACGCUCAUAAGUACUUAAUAAACAGAAAAAAGUAAUGUU